UUCUCGGUCUCUAACUCGCCACAAGGAAACACGAAGGCGACGGCGAUGGCCUCGCCGAAGCUCGCCGCCGGCGACGGCAACUACGACUUCCACCUCCGGUCGCUUUCCGCCGCAUCCCGGGACUCCGCUGCGGCCGCCGAUCCCGCCUCCGACCCCAACCUCCUCCAGUCCGUGAGGAUGGUGUUCGAGAUGUGCAAGGAGGCCAAGGGGGCAAACGACGAGAUGGUGGCGCGGGCGUUUCCGGUGAUGAGCAAGCUCUUCCAGCGCUGCGCUGCCGCGCCCACGCUGUCCACAGCCUCCACCGGCGUGCUCCUCCUAAAAAUUCUGCAGUUCUUCCUGGAUUUUGGGGAGGCGGUGUUGCACGAUGCUGAUGGCAGCCUGAAAACUUUCUUCCGCUCUUGCUUAAGGAGUUCGCAGAUCCUAUUGUCGCAGAGCGGACGCUUGAAUUCCUGAUAGUGAACAAGAUGAAGAUCCUGAGCUGUUUUCCCACCUUGGUUCCGCAGGUUUCUCCUUGGAUUUGUAUAUUCAUGUAGCCUCCUAGAAUGCUCUCUAUGGAAUCAGGGUUUUCGGGUGCCAGCUGCAAGCAUGGCAGUCUCAGUUUUUAUCUUCCAUCUUGCAGAUAAAACUGGUCAG